UGGAAACGUGAUGCCAAAAAUGUCGCCGAUUAAAAGAUUUGCGAUAUAUUUUCUUCUCAUUUUCUGGGUAAUGGAGGUCAAUUCAACCAAUCCAUUCCCUUACACGACCGUACAACAAUGUAUAGCUAAUGGAGAAUACUACAAUAUAGCAGAAUUAAGAUGUGAUCCUUGUGGAGACAACCAAGAACCUACCGUUGAUGGAUUAUCAUGCAAGUGUACUUCAUACUUCAAAAUGACACAGAAUCAAGGAGGUCAAGAAAUAGAGUGCACAGCAUGCCCUGAUGGACAGAGGGCAACCCUUGAUGGCUGGAACUGUAUUGCUUGUGAUAUAAUCCCACUCACUGGAGAAUGUGAGGCUUGUCCAGAAGGGCAAAUAAGUGUGGAGUAUACUGCCACCAGAGAGUUGUUGAGCAAUAGGACCUGUAUGGCGUGUUCUAGCACAUCUCAACCAAAUCCUUCAGCUCUUGAAUGUGAAAGAUGCCCUCAGAGUUAUAUUGCAGAGAGUGGAAGUUGUGUUUGUCCUACUCCCAGUCCAGCGAAUGUUGAUGUAUGUUUCCCACCAACUAUCUUCCUUCCAAACCCCAGCUCAGGAGCCUUCAAUGUACCGUAUAGUGUACUUGAACAAGACCAACUCACAUCCUGGUUCUUUCAAGAAAACUUUGUAGAAGUUCUUGGUACAUGUCAAAAUUAUCGUAACUUCACUGGAUGUCAGACCUGGGCCAACCUCUGUACAAUGGUACUGACUCAGACUGAUCAACAAGCAUGCCAAGAUUAUAGGAAUUAUGUUAAUUCAAUCCCUGAGACAGCCAACGGUAUAGAUGAGUGGCCAGCUGAUAUGCCGUGGUUGUACUACCAGUCUGAUGAAGCCGAUAUGGUUCUGUCAAGCAGAGAUAUUCAAACUGUCUUCACCUUCGAUAGAUCUUCUCUUGAUAGUCAGUUGAGGCUUGUAGUAGCACAAUAUACACCAACAGGAGAGUUCCUUGGAGUGGUACCAGUUACAGGAGGCAAGCUACAGUUUUGCAAAGACACAGAGGAGAAGAUGAAUGCUGCCUACUCAUUUGCUACAACAUACAGGAGCAGUUGUGUGAUACCAUCAAGAGACUUCUGGGAUGAAUAUGAAACGGUGUUCUUUGACAUGUACAUGAUAACUGAGGAUGAGAAUGGUAACACUGCUCUCUAUCCUAUACCGGUUCUCAAUUCAAACUUUGGUCCUGACAAUCGAGGGGAUGAUCAGCUGCUGUGGCAACUAACACGACGAUUCUACUUGGUUGACAAUGUAAGUGGUAAGGUGAAUGCAGAGGACCCAGCUAGCGCUUUACGCUUUGCAUCAAGUAUCGAGAUCAGAGUGACCUUGCGUGAGGGUUCAUCGGCCGGUUUGAUCUAUCCUCCCUACUUGAGGUUAACGUACUCUGAGCUUUCAAGAGAACUUGAUUACACAGAGGAGACAAGUAGGACAGUAUCAUUUUCUGUGAUCUAUCUGCAAGACCAAUCAUCAUCAUUCCAGGCUAUGUCUAUUUCCAUUGGUGUGUUCUGUGCCAUAUUCCUCCUCUAUGCCAUGGCUAAGACCAAUGCAUGGCGUAGGAGAGCUGGACUCAUUGUCAUCGAUAUAGCUUCUAUGGUCAAGUUUAUCUUAUUUUCCUGUGGUCUUAUUGCUGAUGCCCUUCUUAUUGUCACUGUGGGAGCAUCGUUAUACUGGACUCUAUUCUUUAAACGUCAAGAUAGGGUAUAUCUCCUACUGCCCACUUCAGGCCAAUCUAAUUCAUUCAACAGCUAUGUUAUUGUGGCUUUUGUAUUGAAAUUCCUAGAUGUACUUCACUUGCUGAUAGUUCAAUGUCGAACCGACAUUUUCUUGAUUGAUUGGGAAAGGUCGAGAGGUCGUAUGGUUCAAGCCAGCUCAUCAUCCAAUACCAAGGCUUCAGUAGCUCCUAUCAGUGCUUGGAGGUCAUUCUUUGUGGCCAAUGAAUGGAAUGAACUACAGGAAAUGAGGAGAUCCAAUCCUGUAUUUCAGAUCAUGGCAGUCCUUUUCUUUCUGGAGGUUGUGGGUCUGAAGAAUUUGACUACCACAGAUCCUCAGAGCAGUUUGAACCCGACCGGUGAUGAGUACAUAGGAGAGUAUUCAGAGAUCUUGAGGUUUGGCAUGGCAUCGGGACUGUACAUUCUAGUUGGAGUUGUUCAGUGGUUGUUUUACACACUCAUCUAUGAGAGAUUCGUAGAGGAUGCUCUCAGGAACUUUGUUGAUCUCUGCUCCAUGGCAAAUAUCAGUGUAUUUGUGCUGUCUCAGAAUAACUAUGGUUUCUACAUCCAUGGUCGCUCUGUACAUGGCUUUGCUGAUACCAACAUGAAAGAAAUCAAGACUCAACUCAAGAGAGAAGAGGACAAUCUAGUUGGACAAAGAGGAUUAGAACCAAACACAGAUCAGCAAACCUUUGAAAUGCUUCUUAGUACAACUUUCAGACAGAGAUAUGACUCUAUUGUUCUUCCAUUGAGAGCACCAGGAGUAGCAAGGGGAACUGGAGCAGGUAAUAAUGAUGAUAAGAUAAGUGAAGCCUAUGUGUCUCUUAACAAGUUUCUAUCUACAUUUAUUGACCAUGGUAUGUCAGAUAUUGACUAUGUGGUAAAGGAUAAACUUCUCUUUGAGAAAAUCCUUGACAUGGAAUUCUACGACCCUUCCGAUAAAGGAUUCUUUUAUAAUGAUGAUGGCCAUGCCUUCCAGAAAGCUAUCUUCUAUGGUAAUGAAGCUACUCUACUGGUCUUUGAGCUACUUCUCUUCUGUAUUGUUGAUCUAAUCUUCACCAACUAUGUCUUGGCUGGAGCUAUUACCUACAUCGUCAGUAUGUUGAUAAUCAGGAUUCGAGACAGCUUUGGGAGGAGUAACGUGGCAAGAAAAACUUUGGUUGAUGAACGUUUCUUAAUAUGAAGUCUUGCCCACUGUGCCGUCCAGUGUAUAAUAUGUAGAUAUGAACUACCUGCCUCAUUUCAGUACUCUUUAUUUAUAACGCUAUUAUUCAUGGCCCUCUUAUUGGAAUGAAAAGGGGUUGACGUCUCAAGGAAGUCGUUUCAGAUUUUUCAUUCAUCCUGUUAUUACCAGAAAUAAUUGAUGUCCUUUCACUGGAAAAUGUAUUAACCAUGAUCCUGCCAGAAGUCAGACACUUUCACUUUUUAUUUUUGUAUGGGUUAUUAUUAUCUAUCAAAAAUAUUAUGAACAAAUAUCCUACUCACUGAUUUCUGUGGUAAUUUGUGAUUGAAUAGAGAUUGUUGGCAAACCAAAACAACAUGAUCACCAAACCCUUGCUCAUUGCCAUUUCUCAGUGAGGUUUGCCAGAAGUCAAACACUGGAAUUGGCUUUUGCCUCUGAGUGUUAUUGAUCUUUUUUUUUAAGUAUUUGUAUCUUGACUAAAUGUAUUCAAUUUCCCUCUUUUUACAGCCUGAUAAUUGGUUGUGAAGAGUAUUUUUAAUAAUUUUAAUCAAACAGCCCCAACAAAAAUUUGCCCCAAUAGCCUUUACUAAACUUCCAAUUUGGGCAAUGCACAUGUGGCAACUGGCAAACAGGAUUUUUGUCUAAUAAGGAGGAGCCCCUACUCAGGGAGUGAACUAAUCCAUUUUGAGAAGCAGCUCUUCUACUUGUUGAAAGAAAAUAAUUUUGUCACUUGAAUCGAUGAGACUUUCUGUAAAAUAAAAUCAUGACUUUGAAAAAUGUCAAAUAAGCAGAAAUGGAAAAUGGUGGAAUCAUAAAAAUUUAAAUGAACAAAUUAUAAUUUAAAGAUAAUUAUUUUGAACUGGCAAACAAUGCCUGACUUCUAGCAAGACUGUGUUAUCUAAUUUGUAUUCUUCAACAAAAUGUUGGACAUUCCUACUAUGAAAUAUUUUGUUUUAUUAACCGUAUCAGACAUCUGAGCAGGGCAAGUUUGAUACAAUUGUUGCCUGCUUAAGACUGGGAUCGAAUGGCCAGUCAAUAAAAUUGGAUUCCCAAUUGUUUAUCCACGGGCCCAAUUUAUUGCCCGCUCAGGAAAGUCAAUGAGAAAAUGCGUGGAAAAUGUAGCGGGCAAUAAAGCAGAGCUAACAUCCAGGUAUUCUACGUGAUAUUGUACGCAUCCUUGAACCGCGCAGUGCUAUACGUCACAAUGGUAAUCAAGUUGAGACAAUGCUGGAUACUGCGUCCCUAGGCCAGGGACGCGUCAAUUCAAUUACGUCACAAUGGUAAAGUUCAGAGGCCCAGUCUGCUCAACAUGACAAACUAAUAAAAUAUCUAAAUGUUAAUGAUUUUUGCUCUAGAUGUCUGAUUUGGUUAAUAAUGGCAAUAAUGACUGGCCUGGGGGUGAAAGGACAUAUAUCGCCCUCACUAAAUUGAUAUCACCCUCGUCUACGACUCAGGCGAUAUAAAUCUAGUUUGGGGAUAAAUGUCGUAUCGCCCUGAGGCCAGUCAGUAUUGCCUUAUUUUCAAUGAGUUUUAAUGUUAGUUUUAUCAUGUAAUGUAUUCAAAUAUAUUAAUGUUUCAUUUGGAGGAUAGCUUGUAAUUUGGUACGAUUGAUAAUCAAGUUCUAUUAAUUCUAUUAUAAACCUUCUUUUAUUUGAAGUAGUAAUAUAUUCCAAAUACAGUAUUGUUUUCUGAUAUCUUGGUAUUUAAAACUGGUCAUUGUGUAUGACAUUGUUUCACAAAUAUCAAAUAAGCAAAUGUGAUAUACAUGUACAACAUGUAUUGCAUUGCUAUAUGGCUUGCAUUGGACACACAGAUGCCUACAUGAACUACAAUCCUCUACUGAAUUGGUACUAUCUCUGAAAUGCAUCAAACAGAUUACCUUGAACGUUCACUCUGUGAAGAAAUUAAAACCUUGAUUUUGUACGUAAUUUUUGUCUCGCCUGAACGAAGUUCGGCAGAGACCUAGUAAUCACUGUUGCUGUUGGUCUGUUAGUCUGUUCGAAAAUGUUAAAGUUUUUUGUUCAACUUGCUCUCAUUUCUCUAUUUUGCAUCAGUUAUGUUCAUACUUGGUACAUUUGAUUCUUGGGCAAUACCACAUGUGACCUUAUGAGAAUGGUGUGGUCAAAGGUCAUCUAGAGGUCAAAAGGUCAAAUGAUUUUCUUCAACUUGCUCUCAUUUCUUUGUUUCUGCAUCAGUUUUGAUCACACUUUGUUAAAAUGAUCCUUUGGUAGUACCACUUGUGUGUCGUUGAGGAAGGUGGGGUCUAAAGGUCAAGUUUUUGUUCAACUUGGUCUCAUUUCUUUAUUUCUGCAUCAAUUAUGUUCGCACUUGGUACAUAUAAUCUCUUGGUAAUACCACAUGUAUGUCAAUGAGGACAAUGGCAACAAAGGUCAUUUAGGGGUCACAAGGUCAAGUGAUAUGAGGUAAUUUUCAUCCUUUUUUCAAGUCUUUGUGCAACUUGUUCUCUUUUAUUUCUUCAUCAGUAUUGACCACACUUGAUUCAAAAUUUCCAAAUGAUCAUUGGGUAAUGCCAUGUAUGUUGUUGAGGUUGAUGGGGUCAAAGGUCAUAUAAGGAUCAAAAGGUCAAGUUUUUGUUCAAAUUGCUCUCAUUUCUUUAUUUCUGCAUCAGUUAUGUUCACACUUGGUACAAAUGAUCCUUGGGUAAUACCACAUGUGUGUUCUUGGGGAUGAAAAAGUCAAAGGUCAUCUAAGGGUCAAAAGAUCAUAUUGCAUAUUUUAUUGAUCGCAAAAUCAGGCGAGACUCAUGGUUUGUGAACUCACCUUGUUAAUGUAUGAUAGCUUGAGUCUGUUGAAGGUUUAUUUAACUUGUAGUUGUAUAUAGUUUUCUUACUUAUGCCAUGUGUUAUAAUGAAAUUAAUAGAUUAUUCUGUACAAAAUUAUUUGUAUAUAUUGUAUCAAAAUUGAAAUUUAACAUCCUAGCUUAUAGGAUUUAAUUAUAUGUAUUUUUGUGUGUGUAUUUUUGCUAUGUAAGUAUUUUUCCUCCAAGUUUUUUUAAUGUGUAAAAAUGUGGGGCAGGUUUUCUUGAGAGUUGAAAAUAAACACACAUGCUUUUCAAACAUUCAGGAUAGGGUUUGGUCUCUGUGAGCCUUUCGGAUGAAAUCAGCUAAUUCAAUCACAUAAUAAUUGUUUAUAGUAUGUCUUGACAUGAGCAAUUUUACAAUU